AUGUCUGUUGGUAAUGAUGUCAAUGAUACAAUAUUGAACAAAAUCCCUGCCGCUAAAGUGGAUGCCAUGGAGUUGGACCUCAGCUCAAAGGCAUCGGUGAGAAAGUUUGAAUCAAAUUUUAAUGCAGCAGACCUGCCAUUGAAUAUUCUCAUGUACAAUGGGUACUUUAGUUAUGAUCAGUUAAAGCUUGCAAACAUAUUGCACGCAAACCAUCUCUCUAGCAUUUUGAAGGAGCAAGGUGCAAAUGUGACUAUCAAUUCAGUUCACCCAGGCAUAAUCGCCAACCAUUAUUUUUCGGCAAAUGAUUUUCAGUUUCCUAUAAUAAUUCACACUACAAGAUUCACAGUUGGAAGUCCCCAAGGCUAUUCAUAUAUUUCAUAA